AUGUCGACCACAUGGCUCGAGAGCUCAGACUACGUGGGUCGCUUCAAGGCACUGGAGGCUGCGAACGUGUCUGUCAUAGCUCCGUCCAUCCCGCCACCAGUCCACGUCCACCAGCGGCUUGAAGCUCUGGACUUACGGUGGUCGCAGUUGACGCCGCACGCCAAGCACGCCCUCCUGUGGGAUUCGGGCGCGGUAUCGGCUUCCGAGGAUUCAUAUGGACAAGUGUACGUUUCAUGUGGGAUGUCCAUGAGUGAUAUUGCCAUCUCGAAGAACUCGCUUGGCACAGUGCUGCCCACGACCGACUGCCUAGGGCCACAUGGUGUGACGUACGUGCGUCAAGUCGGCGCGGUCGCGUCCUUUGGAGCUCUGGACCGCCUCACUCGAUGUACCAUAUCGGACGCCCCAUGGCCCAACUCCAACGCCACGACCAGCGUCGUCUACUCCCAAGACGCGUUGCUUCCUUCCGACAUUCCAUCGCUGCGAGUGGUUCUACAUCGCGACGAGACCGGCGCAGCUCGGCCUGCCAUCCACUCAUUCAUCGACGCCGCCACCUCAACGACUUUGUCCUGUCCACUCGUUUCCCAGUCGGUGGGGUUGGUCAUACUGUGUGGCUCUAGGUCCGCCAACACCACAAGCACGUGCUUACCCACUGCCAGUCCAGCCAUGGCGUCGUGGCUGUCAUCUAUGCGUACGUCGUUAGCAACUACAGCAACUCUGUUAUCCUCGUCUCAAGAUGCAGGUCGAGUAGUCUCAGCUCCUUUGAUUGGCAGCAUCGCAGGUGGCUGUGUUGUUAUCGUCCUCGUGGCGCUGGGGUGGUGCCUGUAUCGCAGGUGGAAGCAACGCCAGGCUUUGAACGGAUUCACGUCGGCGUUGCGGCCAUUCACUCGCCCGCCACCCCUCCCAGCUCACUCUAUCUCAAAUGUCCAAAACGGAGCCGCCAUUCAACCUUAUGAACAGCCGCCCUCGACCCCGUCCACCGUCCCCCCUUCAGGACCAUAUUAUCCCCAACACCACAAUCGUCCGUCGACAGACCACCCGCGCCCCAGUCAUCUCUCAUCACUGGCGAGGAAUCCAUUCCAGCCGCCGUCUCAUAGUAACCUACUCGACCAGGUGAAUCCAUCGGCCGCCUUGGCCAAACUCGAUCAAGUUCCAAGCCACCUUCGCCUGCCCUUCGACUCGAUCACGACCACCCAACUAGUGGCCACGGGCAUCCGCUGCAAAGUAUACUUUGGCCGGUACAACCACAAGCUCGUGGUCGCGGUCAAAACGAUCACGCUGGACCACGUCCAUGACGACGAGAUUGUCGACGCGUUCGCCGAGGAGAUCCGUCUCAUGGCGUCGUUCCACCACCCAAACGUCGUCGCACUGUUGGGGUUUGCGUGGGACUCCGUGUCGCUUGGGUCGCUCAUGGCGGUCACAGAGUACCUCUCGCAAGGGAAUCUCUCGCGCUUCUUGACCGACAACCCAUCGUUGCACUGGGACCUCAAGGCAUCGCUCGCGCUCGACGUUGCGCGAGCGCUGCAGUACCUCCACAGUCUGCUCCAGCCCAAGGUCAUUCAUAGAGACUUAAAGCCCAAAAAUAUCUUGCUCGACUGGCCGUCCGCCAAGUUGUCUGGCUUUGGCGUGUCAAGGGAAGCCAUGGACGACGAGACCUUGACCGCGGGGGUCGGCAGCGUCUUCUACAUGGCACCUGAAGCCCUGCGCAGCGGGUACUACUCGGUGUCGGCGGACAUGUACUCGUUCGGGUGUGUGCUGUGCGAACUGGACACCCAGCGCCCGCUCUACGCCGACAUCGGCGUGCCCGCCAAGCGUAUCAUGCACUUGAUCCUCGAGGAAGGGCUCGUGCCGGCUGUGACGGCGGCGUGCCCGCCGGCCAUCCGAGCGCUGGCGCACCAGUGCUUCCACCCAGAUGCUUCCCUGCGGCCCACGGCCUUUGACGUUGCGCGAGACCUGGACCUGUUUGUCCAUGGUGACGUGGGCGGCGGUCUAGUCUAG